AAGUUUAGCGUGUUACACCAAUGACAUUUUCAUUCAUCCAAAAGUUGCUUGUAAUCAUCGGUCUUAAAUUAUUUUGAGUUUUUCGAAGAUUCGGUAGACUCUACGUUACUAGAGAACCUCGAACUCGGUAUUUGAUUGUCUGGGACCCUGUUGAAACUUCCAACAAUUCAAAAUGCCUGACCAUCUCGGAGAUGAUAUGCGUAAAGUGAAAACAGAUAAUAAAGAAGCGGAGCCUGAAAUUGAAGCUCUUGACGAUGUGGAUAUCGAGCUUCUUAAAACCUAUGGACAAGGCCAAUACCACAAAGCGAUUAAACAAAUCGAAGACGACAUCCAAAAGUCAAUCAAGCAAGUUAAUGAGUUAACCGGAAUUAAGGAAAGUGACACCGGACUGGCGCCUCCGGCACUGUGGGAUUUGGCAGCUGAUAAGCAGAUUUUGCAGAAUGAGCAACCGCUGCAAGUAGCCCGGUGUACAAAAAUUAUCAAUGCCGAUUCAGACGAUCCCAAGUACAUCAUCAACGUCAAGCAGUUUGCUAAGUUUGUCGUGGAUUUGGCUGAUUCAGUAGCUCCCACCGAUAUCGAGGAAGGCAUGCGUGUCGGAGUUGAUAGGAACAAGUAUCAGAUCCAUAUUCCGCUUCCACCGAAAAUCGAUCCGACCGUUACGAUGAUGCAGGUCGAAGAAAAACCGGAUGUAACGUACAGCGACGUUGGUGGUUGUAAAGAGCAAAUUGAAAAACUACGCGAAGUAGUAGAAACGCCCUUGCUGCAUCCUGAGAAAUUUGUCAAUCUAGGUAUCGAACCUCCCAAAGGUGUGCUUCUGUUUGGGCCCCCUGGAACGGGUAAAACGCUGUGCGCUCGAGCAGUUGCUAACCGUACGGAUGCCUGUUUUAUUCGGGUGAUCGGUUCAGAGUUGGUGCAAAAAUAUGUUGGCGAAGGAGCUCGUAUGGUACGAGAGUUGUUCGAAAUGGCGCGUUCUAAGAAAGCUUGUCUGAUUUUCUUCGACGAGAUUGAUGCUAUCGGUGGCGCCCGUUUUGAUGAUGGAGCAGGAGGAGACAACGAGGUUCAAAGAACUAUGCUCGAGUUGAUCAAUCAACUAGACGGAUUUGAUCCUCGGGGAAAUAUCAAGGUGUUGAUGGCGACUAACCGACCUGAUACUUUAGAUCCUGCACUGAUGCGUCCUGGACGUCUAGAUCGUAAAGUAGAGUUUGGUUUACCAGAUUUGGAAGGAAGAACGCAUAUUUUCAAAAUUCACGCUCGCUCAAUGUCUGUUGAGCGAGACAUACGUUUUGAGUUGCUUGCUCGCCUUUGUCCGAAUUCUACUGGUGCUGAAAUACGUUCCGUGUGCACUGAAGCAGGAAUGUUUGCUAUCAGAGCACGCCGCAAGGUCGCUACAGAAAAAGAUUUUCUAGAAGCUGUCAACAAGGUCAUUAAGAGCUAUGCCAAAUUCAGUGCUACUCCAAGAUAUAUGACUUAUAACUAAGAACAGUAAUUUUCCCUUUAAUAUUAUGCCUCUAUGUAAACCGUUCACAUUCAUUUUGGAAAUAAACGUUUAUGACUUUUAUUAUGGUUUACUGCAAAAAAAUCAACAUUAAAGUCGUAUAAAGUGUGCUUAAUA